ACUUAACGCACCAACGAUCUCGAAAUAGUGGCACUUUUUCAAACGUUGGAGUAGAAUCAUGGCGGCGGUCACGACGGCGGCGGCGACAGCGGCGACAGUCACUCGAUUUCACCCUCCCAAGACCACUCUUUUUCCGACGUACAUCAAGCGUCAAAAAACGACUGCAUAUCCCGAACAUCCACCUCGAGGCAGCUCAGCCGUGGCCGCGCAGCAGGUCCGAACCCUCGCGUGGUCGCCUUUGGGUACCCAGAUAGCGACGGGGCUAGCAUCAAAAUCAAUUCGUGUAUGGGAUCCGGAGAAACCCCGCGUUCACAUUCACGAGUUUGUUUGGAGGGGAGAGCGGGCGGAGAAGGUCCUGUUUCACCCUAGAGGCGAACCGGAGAUUGUCAGUGUUGGCGAGGAUGGGAUGAUUAGGUUUUGGGAUGUGAGGGCCAAGGGGACAAGUGGUGAGAUUAAGGCGGGAGGGCUGUGCUUCACACUCGCUUGGAGUCCUGACGGCAAAGAGCUUGUGGUUGGAAAAAAGAACGAUGACAUAGUCCGCGUGGACUGCGAGUCACGGACGAUAAUCUCAACGAUUCGACUGAAAGACCAAACCAACCAGACGUGUUUCAAUUGGGCUGGCGACUCUCUUCUCACUACCACCACAGACGGAUUUUUCAAAAUCCUCGACUACCCCUCCCUUGAUGAAUUGGCUCGUUUCCCCGCCCACAACAGCUCCUGUAAUUGCGUUGCAUACCAUCCAGCCGGUGCAUAUGUUGCUACGGGCGCCUCUGAUGGCCUCAUAUCGUUGUACAGAACAGAUGGCUGGUUACCAGCCAAGACGUUUGACGCACAGGCCGGGCCGGUGAAGACUGUCAGCUUUAGUUGUGAUGGCACGUACAUAGCUGGUGGCAGUGACGAAGGCACAGGAUUUGAGAUUGGAAACGUGGAGACAGGAGAGAGUGUGUAUAAGGUCGAAGCCAAGGGUCCCACGCCGGUUGUAAUGUGGAGUCCAAGAGACUAUGCGAUCGCAUAUGCGCCUUCGGAUUGGGGUAUCAGGGUUGUGGGAGCUCCCACACCGAGCUGAGUGGUCGCAUUUCCAAGAUAUUAAGUUAGGUGAAGCAACAAGAGCUCAGGCCCCAAAAUGCGUCGUACUAUUACGGCGACGGUACGGAGAACACGAAUCACGAAGUCACGCAUGAAUCGUCAAGCAUACAGUGGUAGGCUUGUGGAUGCGAUGGCGCUCACCAAACCUUCGCAGUUCGAAUUGGACCUCCGAGGAAGUCGAGAAAGCAUCAUGCGUUUAAGAAGAUGCAGCGAUUCGCGUCAAAAACAGAGCCAAAACCAGCGAUUGCUAAUGGACUCGAAUGAAGUCAUGAGGGUACUCAAUUGGCAAGAACUGAUAACGUAAUCAUUCGAUAGCCUUCGUGCGUCGAUUGUCCACUGCUUUCGACGAUUUUGAUCUCAGCCAGAACUGCUUCUGAUCCAAUAGCGCUAUGACUACGAAUUAAGUGACCAUUGCAGAAGCCGUUGAUUUUAUCUGCAUCUUGGCCACUCGCUCUUUUGAUAUCGGCGAAGCAACACUUUAUUUGUGGAGUCUUUUGGCUACUAGAGUACAUGAUCAGAAGCCUAAGCAUUAAAUCAAAAUUACUCCAAAGAUAGCGG